AUGGGAUCACCAGUUUUUCCAGAUACGAGUCAAAGAAAGAAAAUGAGGCAAGUAGAAGCACCUCUCAGGCUUUUUUCACCAACAGAUCUCAAACGUACAUACCUUCAAUUAGAUUUAACUCUUAACAUGCCCAGUGUACAUUUAAUACAGGUAUGUUCAAAAUCAGAUACUCUUCCUAAGAGGUUAGAGAAUCUUAACUUAGAGGCACCAGUACCUGACACUCUAAGGCUAGGAAGACAUUUUCUGAUAUUACAACGUUAA